AUGAAACAAUUUGACAACGCGGGUGAUUGCAAGAAGAAUUUGGAAGCAAAGUUCAAACACGAAUACAAAAAGUUGUUCCCGCAUUCAAAACGAUGUCUAACCAAGCACCUGAACUUUGAAACUUUAUGGUAUGAAGCAAUGGCCGACAAGGCUUUGGAAAUCGAGCAGAACAGACUUUCUGUUCCGUUAUUACAAUCCACCACUGUAUUAUUGACACAAAGGAUGGACCAUAACAACAGCAGCAAUAACAGCAAUAGUAACAACAGCAGUAGAAACAACAGCAAUAGUAACAACAGCAGUAGAAACAACAGCAAUAGUAACAACAGCAAUAGUAACAAUAGUAAUGUGAAAGUUGAAAGACAUACUUUCAACGAUAUUGCGGAAUUAUUUGGUGAUUUCAAUGUGGAAAAUGAUAGAGAUGAUGUCAAACUAGUACUGUUUGAUAUUUACAAGAUAGCCUCGAAACAGGAUCGAAAGCUCGUGGAUGUUCUGAUUAAUUUGCUUAAUAGUCUGCCUACCGAAUCUUUGUUAAACCAUAAGGUGGAAGAGGCCGAAUUUAUCAAUGGGUAUUUACAACCGUUUUUAUCGCCUCUAUUUCACAAACCUCAAAACUCGAAAUUAUUUUUAUGGUUAAACACGAAAACGGAUUUAAAAAACUAUAGCAAGAGACCCGAUGGUGCAUGUGUGUUGCAACUGAUGUUCCCUGCUCAUCGCAGAGAUUUCCGCUCCCAUCUUCGUAAACAAAUUGACUCAUUGAUUGAAUAA